AUGGCCGCUCCUCAAUCCCUGCCUUCUUUCUCCGACAACACCGAUUUCGAAAACGCUUCUCGCGGACUUGUCGGUGCUUUGAAACCAUGCUCCAUCAAAAACGCAGCUGGCCACGACGUCUGGAAUAACGAUGACUAUGACUUCAUGCAGAACACUGAAUGUCCUGCGACAGCGGACCCCAAGCUCUGGCGCCAAGGACAGUUAUGUUCAAUGCAAGGUCUGUUCGAAGUGACCAAAGGUAUUUACCAAGUGCGUGGCUUUGAUCUUUCCAACAUGACCAUUGUCGAGGGCUCGCGCGGCAUCAUCGUCAUCGACCCCCUCACGUCAGUGGAAUGCGCCGCCGCCGCUCUGGGGCUCUAUCGCUCCCACCGGGGUGAUCGACCAGUCAAAGCCUUGAUCUAUUCCCAUUCGCACGCCGACCACUUCGGAGGUGCACGGGGGAUCCUCGCCGCGAAUGCAGACCCGUCGAUCCCAAUCAUUGCCCCGGCCGGGUUCAUGGAGGAGGCCACUAGCGAGAACAUCUACCUGGGCGACGCCAUGCGCCGGCGAGCUGCAUUCAUGUACGGGAUUCGACUGCCUAGAGCUCCAGAUGGGCAUAUCGGGUGUGGUCUUGGGAUGGCAGUCUCCACUGGAAUCACAUCGCUCAUCCCGCCGAAUGACACCAUCUACGAGACGGGAGAGACCCGGAAUAUUGAUGGAGUGCGGAUCGAGUUCCAAAUGGUUCCUGGGACGGAAGCGCCGGCGGAAAUGAAUUUCUUCUUCCCAGAUCAGAGCGCUCUGCUCAUAGCUGAGUGUGCCACACAUUGCCUGCAUAAUAUCAUCACCCUGCGUGGCGCACUGGUGCGCGAUGCCAAGGCUUGGGCUUCGUACCUUGAUGAGACGCUUGUUCUGUAUGGCGAUAGAUCAGAUGUGCUAUUCGCUGGUCACCAUUGGCCGACGUGGGGGAAAGAACAGCUGAAGACCUUCAUUGAGGAACAACGUGAUCUCUACGCCUAUCUUCAUGAUCAGACCAUUCGCAUGAUGAAUCUGGGGAUGACGGGGACCGAGAUUGCAGAGAAGAUUACUCUCCCACCUUCUCUGGAAUCGGCAUGGCAUGGCCGUGGGUACUAUGGGUCAAUUAGUCACAAUGUCAAGGGCAUUUAUCAGCGCUACAUGGGUUGGUUCGAUGGUGACCCCGUUCAUCUGUGGGAGUAUCCCACCGCUGAGCUCGGCCAGCGAUAUGUUGACUGCAUGGGAGGUGUUGAUGCCGUUAUUCAGAAAGCCGCCCAGUACGCAGAGGCCAAGGACCUGCGCUUUGCUGCGACCCUGCUAGGCAAUGCCGUUUCCGCACAGCCCACGCACCGAGCAGCAAGGCUCGCACUAGCAUCCGUGUUUGAUAAGCUUGGGUAUGGGUGUGAGAACGCAACAUGGCGCAAUUUCUAUCUUACUGGCGCGAUGGACAUGCGGUCUUCUAAUACUGCGAAUCCGAAAGCGCAAUCGGGCUUUGAGUUCAGCCCAACUCUAUCAACAGAACAACUGGUGACGCUUUUGUCUGUUCGGUUGGAUGGGCUGCGAGCCGCGAUGGAGUCUUUUGUGAUGGACGUGCACCUUACUGAUGAGAAGACGUGGUUGCGCUUGAUUCUGAACAAUGGUGCCCUGACAGUCCGCAACACCGCUGAGCAAACCGGCUUUGCGGAUAAUGCCGCUGGCCUCACCAUGACUCUCAGCAAAGCCGAGUUUGUCGCCAUCCUCAAUGGACAGGCUGUUGCCUCUGGAAAGUCGGUCGGUGAUGUAGAGAUUGUGGCUAAGCUCAUCGCCUUGACGAAACCAGUGAAGAAAAUCGCGAGUUCUUUGUAG